CCCUCUCACAUUCAUCAUAUAUUCACUCCACACUCUACUCUUGCUCAUCUCUAUCACUAUAUAUUCUUCUAUCUUCUUUCUGUUCAAAUUCUCUAUUUGCUUCCCAAAUGGCCAGUGUUGAGGUUCAACCAGCUGCAACAGCAUUGCCAGAGAACGAAACACCAGAGGUGACCAAGGUUGAGGAGACACCAAAAGAGGAGCCAGCGGCUGCAGCACCCGUGGCUGAGUCAGUGACUGCAGAACCAGAGGAAACAACAGCAGAUGCCCCGGCUGCAGAGGAAAGCGAAGCUUCCAAAGCUGAAGCUCAGGUUGAAAUUGAUACCAAAGAAGUUGUAGAAGAAGCCAAGGUUGAUGAGGAAGCGAAGCAAGCCGCAGAGGAGACAAAGGAAGAGACUCCAGAGGUGAAGCUGGCAGAAACAGUUGCAGAGGAGGCCAAAGUAGAGACCACAGAGCCCACCGUGGAAGCACCAGUAGCCCCAGCAGCAGAGGAGGAGAAACCAAUUGAGAAGGAAAAGGCAGCUGAAAAAGAAGAAGAAGUUCCUGUUGAGAAGGCUGAGGAAUAGAGCAACUAUAGAGAAGAUCAUGGCAUAGUUUGAGGGGUUUCUUUUAUAGGUUGCAUAUUAAAGUUGGCAAAGUUGGAGUGCCUCUAUUAUUAUAACUAUAUUGCCAUUGAGGAUGCGAAUGAGGAGUGUCUUUCUUUCUAUCGUUCUUUCUUUCUUAGGGGGUUUGAUAUAUUAAACUUACAUUUGUCAACAUGCAUCCAUACCAUGCCGAUGAAAGAAAUCACAUGGGCUUUACAUUUAGGAGGAAUUAAAGUUGUUAUGAAGGGUAUGGGUGUAUGUAUUGUUUGGAUUCCAAGAUGAGU